GCCCGCCCGCGGAGGUACCGCGCCCGCGGAUGCGGGGGCAGCGCGGGGACAGCGGGGCGGGCUGAGGGGGCUGGAGACGGCGCUGGCCGCGGGCUGCUGCGUGCGGGACUCUCCGGGCGGCGGAAGGGAAGGGAAGAAGUGCCCGUGCCCCGAGCGGAGCUGCCCGCUUCUCACGGAGCCUCGCAAGGAAGGGCUGCAGCGGCAGCGUUUCGUGCCUCGUCAGCCCAGCAGUGUUUUGGCUUUGAUUCCGUCUUGCUCCUACCUGUUCCUGGAGAAGAGGUCCCCGCCAUGUCUCGCUACAGCCUCCACAACCUCCUGGACUGGAUGUAUGGCGGGGUGGACCCCAGCUUUGCCGGCAAUGGAGGGCCCGAAUGCGCCGCCUUUCUCUCCGGCCAGCAGCGCCUGCUGGAGAGUUUGGUGUUCCUCAGUGUGGGCACCGUGGAGAUCCUCGUGUCCCUGUGGAAGCUGAGGCAGCAGCACGUCCAGGAGCUGGAGAAUCUGCUGCAGCAGCCCCAGACUAAGCAGGAGAGCCUGGGCAAGAACGUGCUGCUGGUGCUGCUCUGCCUCAUCUUUGGGCUGGAGGUGGGGUUCAAGUUCGCCACCAGGACUGUCAUUUACCUCCUGAAUCCCUGCCACGUGGUCACCAUGAUGCAGAUUUUUCUUCUUGCCUGUCCCCCAUGUCGGACUGCAAUGAUUCUCUUCAGGCUGCAGAUGCAUAUGCUGAAUGGGGCCCUCUUAGCAUUGCUGUUUCCUGUUGUUAAUACACGCCUGCUUCCAUUUGAAACAGAGAUUUAUUACAUCCAGCAUGUGAUGCUUUAUGUUGUGCCCAUCUAUCUGCUGCACAAAGGAGGUAUCUACACCCCUGAGCCGCUCUGCAAUUUCUGGUGGGCUCUUUUAUCCACGGGCUUUAUGUUUGUGUAUCAUUUUAGCAUCCUGCAGAUCCUGGGCCUGCUUACAGAAGUGAAUUUGAACAACAUGUUGUGCCCAGCCAUCUCAGAUCCUUUUUAUGGGCCCUGGUACCGAAUCUGGGCAUCUGGACAUCAGACUGUCAUGACCAUGACUCAUGGGAAGCUCAUAAUCCUGUUGUUUCACAGUGCUGUUCCCACCCUCAAAUGGAGCAUGGACUUGCUUGGACUCCCAGCUAAGAAAAUAGACUGA